AGGGAGGCUCGGGUUCUUGACCUGACAUUCAUAAACUACUUUUUUCCCUCUCAACAUUCUGAUAAACGUCUUUCAACAUAAUGGGCUUCCAUCACAAUCCUAAUUUAUUUGAUGCAUUUCCAAAUAUUCUUUAAAGGGAGUAGCUUCAUCAGGCUGCUAAUGGAGUCUAUGACGCAAAAAUUACUACUAAGAUUGUGACUGCCCAUUUUACAGAAGGGAGAACGGAGAGAUCAAGAUCUUAAGUAAUCAAGAGCAGAAUUUGAACUCGGGCCUUCCGGAGUCUCUCGGCCUGUUAUGCUCAGGACCAAACUGCUGCUUGGGAAGGGGCGGGGGAGCGACGAGAAGCUCGUAAGGAGACAGACCCUUAGUGUCCUGGCCCCUUCCUAAACCGGCAGUCGCUGUAAUUCGCUUUAGGUUGAAAGUCUAGAGAAGCCGCGGAAUGCUUCAGCUCGGGAUCGUGUACCCGGAGCUUAUCCCACCCUCCCCGAGCGCCGCGGCGGGGCGCCGAAGGAAGGGGACGUGUACCAGCCUCACUGCGCAGCGUCCCUAUGAGGCGCGCGCACCUUGCCCCGCCCCAUCUCGGCCCAGUCGCGCACCAAUCGGCGUUCGGAAGGCAGGCUCGGGUGGCACGUGACGUCUGAGCGCCUUCCUCUUUCCCGGCCUGAGGGGGGGAGGGGGGGAAGCGAGGUACUUUUCUCAGCUCGCUGUCUUGGCUCGCUUCCUCGGCUAUCGACUUCUCCUCCCUGUAGACGCCUCUGGCGGGCCCCCAACGGCGAUCCGCACGCACGGUCGGCGCUCUACUCGCUCCCGCUGCUGUCGCCGAGUAGGGGCAGGACGCAAGAUGGCGGACAAAACGCCAGGCGGCUCGCAAAAAUCCAGUUCAAAGGCCAGAUCAUCAGACACAGUGCACUCAUCUGGCUCUUCAGAUGCACAUAUGGAUGCAGCUGGACCCUCAGAUACAGAUAUGCCAAGUCGGACACGACCCAAGAGCCCGAGGAAGCACAAUUAUAGGACAGAAAGUACCCGUGAGAACCUUUGUGAUUCUCCCCAUCAAAAUCUGUCAAGGCCACUCCUGGAAAACAAGCUCAAAGCUUUUAGCAUUGGGAAGAUGAGUGCAGCUAAAAGGACUUUGAGCAAGAAAGAGCAAGAAGAACUGAAGAAGAAGGAGGAUGAGAAGGCAGCUGCUGAGAUUUAUGAAGAGUUCCUUGCUGCUUUUGAAGGCAGUGAUGGUAAUAAAGUGAAAACAUUUGUGAGAGGUGGUGUGGUUAAUGCUGCUAAAGAAGAACAUGAAACAGAUGAAAAACGAGGCAAAAUCUACAAGCCAUCCUCACGAUUUGCAGAUCAAAAGAAUGCACCAAAUCAGUCCUCCAAUGAAAGGCCACCAUCCCUUCUUGUGAUAGAAACCAAAAAACCUCCACUGAAGAAAGGGGAGAAAGAAAAGAAAAAGAGCAAUUUGGAACUCUUCAAAGAAGAACUAAAACAAAUUCAAGAAGAGCGUGAUGAAAGACAUAAAACAAAAGGCAGGCUAAGUCGUUUUGAACCCCCUCAGUCAGAUUCAGAUGGCCAGCGUCGUUCUAUGGACGCGCCUUCCCGAAGAAAUAGAUCAUCUGGUGUCCUUGAUGACUAUGCGCCUGGCUCGCAUGAUGUGGGGGAUCCAAGUACUACAAAUUUAUACCUUGGAAACAUUAACCCACAGAUGAAUGAAGAAAUGUUAUGCCAAGAAUUUGGGAGGUUUGGACCAUUAGCCAGUGUCAAAAUUAUGUGGCCAAGAACAGAUGAGGAAAGAGCAAGAGAAAGAAAUUGUGGUUUUGUGGCCUUUAUGAAUAGGAGAGAUGCUGAGAGAGCUUUGAAAAACCUAAAUGGAAAGAUGAUCAUGUCCUUUGAAAUGAAGCUAGGGUGGGGCAAAGCUGUACCUAUUCCACCACAUCCAAUAUACAUUCCACCUUCUAUGAUGGAACACACUCUUCCUCCCCCACCAUCCGGCCUGCCUUUCAAUGCUCAGCCUAGAGAGAGGUUAAAGAACCCCAAUGCUCCAAUGUUACCUCCACCUAAAAGCAAGGAGGAUUUUGAGAAGACUCUGUCGCAAGCCAUAGUCAAAGUGGUUAUCCCAACAGAAAGGAAUUUGCUCGCACUGAUACAUCGAAUGAUAGAGUUUGUUGUACGUGAAGGACCAAUGUUUGAAGCCAUGAUUAUGAAUAGAGAAAUCAACAAUCCUAUGUUCAGGUUUUUAUUUGAAAACCAGACUCCAGCCCAUGUUUACUAUAGAUGGAAGCUUUAUUCAAUUCUACAGGGAGAUGCUCCAACCAAGUGGAGAACAGAAGAUUUUCGUAUGUUCAAAAAUGGGUCUUUUUGGAGGCCACCACCAUUAAAUCCAUACCUGCAUGGGAUGUCAGAAGAGCAAGAAACCGAAGCGUUUGUUGAAGAACCUAGCAAGAAAGGAGCACUUAAAGAAGAGCAGAGAGAUAAAUUAGAAGAAAUCUUACGUGGAUUAACUCCUCGGAAAAAUGAUAUUGGCGAUGCAAUGGUUUUCUGUCUUAACAAUGCUGAAGCUGCUGAAGAAAUAGUGGAUUGUAUUACUGAGUCAUUGUCCAUCUUGAAAACACCACUGCCUAAAAAGAUUGCCAGAUUAUAUUUGGUCUCUGAUGUAUUGUAUAACUCUUCAGCAAAAGUUGCCAAUGCUUCAUAUUAUAGAAAAUUUUUUGAAACAAAGUUAUGUCAGAUAUUUUCAGACCUCAAUGCCACCUACCGUACAAUUCAAGGUCACUUACAAUCUGAAAACUUCAAGCAACGAGUGAUGACUUGCUUCAGAGCAUGGGAAGACUGGGCAAUUUAUCCAGAACCAUUUUUGAUUAAAUUACAAAAUAUAUUUUUGGGACUUGUAAAUAUUAUUGAAGAAAAAGAAACAGAGGAAGUACCAGAUGAUCUUGAUGGGGCUCCUAUUGAGGAAGAACUUGAUGGUGCACCCUUGGAAGAUGUGGAUGGAAUUCCUAUUGAUGCUACUCCCAUUGAUGAUCUCGAUGGAGUCCCCAUAAAGUCACUUGAUGAUGAUCUUGAUGGUGUGCCUUUGGAUACCUCAGAAGACUCAAAAAAGAAUGAGCCCAUUUUUAAAGUAGCCCCAUCCAAAUGGGAAGCAGUAGAUGAAUCGGAAUUGGAAGCACAAGCGGUAACAACAUCUAAGUGGGAGUUAUUUGACCAGCAUGAAGAAUCAGAAGAAGAAGAAAAUCAAAAUCAAGAAGAAGAGAGUGAAGAUGAGGAGGAUACUCAGAGCUCCAAAUCUGAAGAACAUCAUUUGUAUUCCAAUCCAAUCAAAGAAGAAAUGACAGAGUCCAAGUCCUCUAUUAAAUAUUCAGAAAUGAGUGAAGAAAAACGAGCUAAGCUUCGAGAAAUUGAGCUCAAAGUGAUGAAGUUUCAGGAUGAAUUAGAAUCUGGGAAAAGACCGAAGAAACCGGGGCAGAGCUUUCAGGAACAAGUGGAGCACUACAGAGACAAACUUCUUCAGAGAGAAAAGGAGAAGGAAUUGGAAAGAGAACGUGAGCGAGAUAAGAAGGAUAAAGAGAAACUGGAAUCUCGAUCCAAAGACAAGAAGGAAAAGGAUGAGUGCACACCCACAAGGAAAGAAAGGAAAAGGCGACAUAGCACAUCCCCCAGUCCCUCUCGGAGCAGCAGUGGUAGGCGAGCAAAAUCCCCAUCACCAAAAUCGGAGCGAUCAGAACGAUCAGAAAGAUCUCACAAAGAGAGUUCCCGUUCCAGGUCAUCUCACAAAGAUUCUCCUAGAGAUGUUAGUAAAAAGGCCAAAAGAUCACCAUCUGGUUCAAGGACACCUAAAAGGUCUAGGCGAUCACGAUCUAGGUCCCCUAAAAAAUCAGGGAAGAAAUCCAGGUCUCAGUCUCGAUCUCCGCACAGAUCUCACAAGAAGUCAAAGAAAAGCAAACACUGACAAAAAAAAAAUCACAUUUUUUUACAAUGCUGUCGCUUACUGGAAAUGCGGUUUUGUUUUUGUGCCUGAACAAGUCUGUUUUAAAAAAAAUCAAAUGGAAGAGCAUUCCUGAAUUUUUUUUGUGAAUGCACGUGUAUACUCAUGAGUAACUGCAUCUGUAGACCUGUCAUUGUUUUAUAUUGUACAAAAAUAUCUUCAUUGUGGCUGUUUCUCAAAAUGAAACAUUUUUUUGUGUUUAUGAAUUUCAUCAGAAAUGUGUGUAACUGAUCUGCUGGCAGUAGUGAUAUUAUUUCGUUUUAGGAUGUUGUGACCUAGCAAAAAUAACACACAGAUGUUUUUCCCCCUUUUGUAGCUUUGACAAUUUGAAUUAGAUUUCAAAUAAAAUCUCAACAGAAAAUUAAGAUGUUGUUUUCUUGCCCCCAUUGGUGACAGCGAGUUCCAUAAAAGUCUGCUAAGUGAGUUUGCCACCACUCAUAUGCUUCUCCUCUUUGAUGCACUUUACAAUCCCUGGCGUUCUGAGUAGCUAUCCCUUAGUUAUAGUAAAAUAAUUGUCAAAAUUAAGGCAACGGAGAAAACUCUGUGGUUAUUGUUCCUAAAAGGUUCUGAAAUAACCUGGAUUUCCUAGACCACUUUGGUGCCCAGACAGCCAAGAGUCAUAGAAAUGGCAUGCUUUGUUAGGCUAGUACACUGCCCGCAGGCAAAGCCAAAGUCGAUAGGAUUGUCUUUUUACAGAAGUAGUUUUAACACAAAACAUAUCUAGAAUAAAAAAUUUUUAAAGAAAAAUAUAUGGAAGGAAUUUAAAUUGUGGGCUUAGUUGGGUGUGAGCUGUUGUAUGAGAAAUUCAGAUUUAGUUAGGAAGAGAAGUAGCUUGGAGACCAGGUUUUUUAGGCUUUUUCUCCCUGUGACAGCCAAAGCCUCUUUUGAUAUUCUUUUUUCAUGCCCCUAUUUGAAGGUUGGUAUCAUAAAAUAUUCCAAUAAUUUUUUUUCUUACUGUUAAUCACCUCAGUCUAAAAAAAUGAGAAUGGUUUUCAGUUCAGGUAAAAUAGGAAAGUAAAUUAGCUUUUCAAAACUCCUAAGCCUGAGUGUCUCAUCUAGGAUGCAAUGAAAAGCUCAUUUAAGCAGCUGGUGCCACUUGGAAGUCAUAAUGUGCUCUGAGCUGGGAGCAAGACUUCCUCAGUACAGCAGAGCAGAUAUUUGUACAGUGUUUUUAUAUAGUAGCAUAAAAGACCGGGGUCAUUUUGGAUCUUAGGUCUGACAGAUACUAAAAUUUCUCUAUUUUCCUUUACUGGUUUUCAUUUGGGUGCUUAAUUGUAUAGUUGUUUGAGGUGUUUUUUGUGGUGGGGUUUUUUUUUUUUUUUGUAGGGAAGUAACUACUCUGAUGAUGGAUUGUCUUGAUUAGGAUACUUUUUAAAGAAGCUUUAUUUUAAACCCAUUUUCCACAUUUUUAAAACAAGUUCUUGCAGGCAUGUAAUUUUAAAUGUACUAUAUUUGUGAGGGAGUAAAUGUAUUCGUAUCAACUCAGUGUUGGCAGGCCACUUCUAAACUGUGCAAACCAAUAAUACGUGGCAGUGAGCCCAUCAAGAUUGUUUUCCUUAAUGGCUCUUAUCAACAUAAAAAUAUUGCUUGAAUAGGCAUUCACUUAUCUUUCAUGCUUCUGUUCAAGCAUUUUGUUAGGGAGUGUUAAUUGUUAAAAACCCACUCUGAACCACUAAGAAAUGCUAAAAAUUUGGUGCUGGUUUCUUUUUUUUUUUUUUAAUCAGCAUAAGUAACUUUUUCUACUCUUAUUCCAUGAGAGAACUUAAUUUUUUGAAGCAUAUCUUGCUUAGCAAAACUUUAGGGAUAGAUGAAUCUCUGUGCAGCCCUAAACACAGAUAGCUGGUAGCCUCGGUAUUAUCUUGGGUAGUGGGGGCCAGAGUGAAGGCUUGCAAAUAAACAAUAUGCCAAGCAAGAAUAGCAAGAAAUUUUUUGUGUGUGUGUGUGUGUGUGUGUGUGUGUGUGUGUGUGUGUGUGUGUGUGUGUGUGUAUAUAUAUUCUGCUCUUCAAAGGAUGAAUGAGUGGGGAAAGUAUUGAGAUAAUUUAAUUUGAGGUAUUUGUAAAGCUCUGCUUGUGGCAUUGAAAUUAAGUAGCUCUCUGUCCUGAGCAUAAUUUUUACAGUAGGUAAGACUGGCCUUCUGCCUUUGUUGAGGACCUUAUUUUUGUAAGUGUUGACAUGCUGUGCAAAGAUCAGUGGAGGACGUGUAGGGAAUCUAGCAGCUUUGGUUUACUCCAGAACACUUCUGCUAGGGUUGUUGACUUGUAAAAGAUACUAGUAAAUUAAUUGCUCUUUUUUAACUUUAAUGAGAAGUUAGAGCAAGUAAAGAUGGUUCCUAACCUCUUGACUCUUAAGGAUUUUAUAUGAUGAUAAAUGGGCCCAUUGAAGAAAGGAGGCAUAUUUGACUAGAUUUUAGAAAAUCACAUUAGUGGUCAUAUAGAUACCAAAACAAGGAAGUUACCUGCUGAAGUUUCUACAAAUAAACUAAAAGGUUCUUAUUCACUUCCUUUCACUAACUGGAAAUAUUCCACCUGAUUUCCCCGUUCAUGCCCAGGAACCAUGUCAGCCAGUUAGGAAAGAAAAUGUGCUCUCUUGGCUUCCUCUGUUGCAGGGGGAGCCAAAUUCUCUCACUACUGUAUGUUUCCUCGCCUUUCGAAGGAGGGCUUCCCUACUGGGCUUAUGCUGCUCUGGCCUCCCAUUGUUGUUCAGGUGAAAAAAAAUCAGACUGAAAGACAGUCUGCUGCUUACCAAAAAGAAACCCUGAGGAAAUAAAUAAGCAUGUUCAUUUGGGCAAUAUUUUUCUGUUCCUAUAUGUGCUGUUGGUAAAUGGCUGGGAUUUUCAGAUAAGAAGCAUGUUUAGGAACUGAAUCUGACCCAAAGGAUGUUUUUUAUUGAUUCAGAAUUUUAAAAAAAUUCUUGUAUGUGCUAAGGUUUGCAAAAAUUGCACUGACCUAAUUUUAUUUUGUAUGGACCAUGCCUAUGGGAUUAAAUUGAGACUUGCUCCAAUUAAAGAACCUAGUGGGAGAAAUAUUUGCUUACAUGCUUUUAUGUAACAGCUGUUUAUUCUUUAAGUUUUAAAUUUCUUUACUGUUGAGAAUUUUAAAAAAAAUCUUACUAGUAAUUAGACCUAAUUUCCUUUAAAAGUCUUGACUUUUAUCUUUAUAAAAUUCAAGGUUCAGAGAAAUAGAGCCAAAAGGAUGUUUUUGCCACUGUGAAAAAAAAUACACAGAUUAUUUAUAUUGCCAAAACUUAUGUUGCCAAAAUGCUUCAAACUGGUCAUCAGAAUCAUGACUUCCUUUGCUAAAGUGGGUUGCUUUUUAAGACUGUACAGUACCACCAUUCUAAGAUAUUCCGGUAAAGAAAUGUAUAUAAACACUGUUUGAAGAACUCAGGCUGAUCCAUUUUAUGCAUUGAAACAUCUUUAGAUACUAAACAAAAAUUUUAAAUGACUUAAGUCAACUACAAUGAAUUUACUGCAAAUAUUUCUGCAUAGCCUGUGCUUUUAAAAAGUAUGCAUACAUCCUUUUGAGUUUAAAGGAAUACACUGUUUGUAAAAAUUCCCUUUCAUGGUAAAGGACUUGUCUAAUAUUCAUACUUCACAUGUAAGAUUUAGAAGAGCUUAUUUGGGGAUUAGUUGAUUAUCAUAAUUUAAGCAUUGAGGUUUUUUUUUCCCUACCAUCUUCCAAGAUUGAUUUAGUACAUCAAUGUAAAGUCCCAGUGGGAGUGUUCUUAAGAUAACCUAAGAAUCUUCUUCCAAAUGAGCCACAUCCCAAUUUAAAAAUUGAUUGCCUCAGUGUUUGACUCAAUACAGCUGUGAACCUCAUGGAACUUUAAGUAUCGAUUCAUUGUUUGUAUAAUUGGUUAUAUAGUUUUUUAGGUGAAUAGACGAAAUUUGGCCUAAGCUCAUUUUCAUAUGCCUAUUUGUGCUUGGAGUAUUGAUAUAUUUUGUUUUAAUUCUGCAGUCUCUUGUGUGUUAAGCCUCUGGUGGCAGCUUUGAAACACCAGGGAAAAUAGGGAGUUUUUUUAGAACUGAGAAUAAUGUAGUUGGAACCAACUAAGCUGAAAUAUUCUCCUUAAUUCCCUGUGCUCCCCUAUUCCCCACCUCCCAUGAUGUUUCCUUCCACUGAACUUCUUCCAUAGUAGAAUCUCUUAAUACAAGGAUUAAGGUUCCAAGUUUAUUAAAGGAGACGUUCUCCAUACCAGACUGUCACUUUAUAGUUUUUCUACUUAAGGAUUAUAUGAUUGAAACCAAAUUGUGAAACUUCCCUUUUGUUGUUUGUUGGGCAUAAUUACUUUAAUAAAAGUACAUUUUUUCAUAUCAAAUUUAUACUGUUCAUGUAAUUUUAUCCAUGUAGAACUUGAGCCUUUUUAAUGCAAGCACAGUAAGCCAUAUCUAAUUAAUUUCAGCUGUGUGCCUUCAGCAAUCGAACCCUAAAAAGAUCUUUGUCCUUUGUGAAGCAAGCAGUGCACCAUUUUUUAUCUGUUGCAACCAGAAAGCUAGUACAUUUUUCAUGGUGAGAAUCGUAGCAUACAACUUCAAGUACUUAUUUUUGUGAGCUUAGUUCCUGUCUCCCCACUCCUGCCCCUAUCCCCCCAAGAAUGCUGACUAUUACAACAGUAAACUCAUGACUGGGAAUUUUCAGGUUUCUCACUGGUUCCUUUUUGGGCUCAAUAAUGUUUUCUUCAAGAAUUUUGGCAUUUGAAAACAGUUACUUCCUUACAGGGCUUGGAAAAUAACUGCCAAAAUGGCCUAUCAGCAUUUUUUUGUAUUUUGAAUAAAAACUAAAAAAGAAAGAAAUGUAACUGAUCAUAAAAACAUGCGUAAGCACUGUAUACUCCAGCUACAUCAUCUCAUUAAAAUGCCUUGCAGUUCCAACA